AUGUGUUGUGAAUUUUAUGACAGUGGCAAGUUCAUAUCGUUUCGAUCCACCUCCACCACGCCCGAGGAAGAAGCAGGCAGUGGGUCCAACAACGACAUCAACGUGCUCCACCAGUCCACGCUAUUCAACGAUGUUUUAGUGGGGCAGGAAGCGGCUGUGCACUUUCUCGCCAACAAUUCUCACCACACUCAAGGAUACUACUUAACAGACGGUAUCUAUCCGGACUGGCCGGUGUUCGUGAAGAGCUUCCAGUUUCCGAACGAUGAGAAGAAGCGGAGGUUCAAGGUGAUGCAAGAAGCUGCAAGGAAGGAUGUGGAACGAGCUUUCGGUGUUCUUCAGGCUCGGUGGGGUGGAAAUGCAAGUAAUUUUGACGGUGACGACGGCGAGGGACCAAGUUCUACUCCUCAAACACAAUUCAAUUCCGGAGCACCACCGGAGUUCGCCGCCUAUUUGGCACGGAAUGCAAGCUUGAAGGAUGCACGAUUGCAUGCUCGCCUCCGCGAUGAUUUGGUUGAGCAUAUAUGGGCACGCUUUGGUCCGGUUGACCCGUAG